UUAUAAUCAAUUGAAUUCUAUUAAACCAAUAUCUGGUUCGUUUGGGAAGAGCAGUGUUACACGGCACGCGCCUUCUCAGGCAGAUCCGCGGCCACCUGCACGGGCUUUUAUACCGCGGCGCUCUCGCGCAGGUAAUCAGUGUAAACGUGCAGCACCUGGUCACGCCUCUUCAUAAGCCCUCCGACUGCCUCAGUGCGCGCGCGGACGCAGUUUUGUGCCAGACAGCAAAAUGGCGUCGUGCUGCUCUGUUUAGCGAGUAUUGCGGUUUAUGCUGAGAAAAGCGAAUACUGGGGUUCAGGGCUGGCUAUGUUAAAUAUUAAGGAAAGAUUUAUUUCUUUCAAGCUCGGCCGAACGACAGGGCGUUUUUCUGUUAUUUUCCUGCACUCUUGACAGUACCACACAAGUACUACGAUGCUCAAUCCUACUGAGUUAGCUCAGCGGCUAACACAACCGACCUGAUUCGUGUGUCGUUUCAGAGGGAGCCGUUUUGCGGUCUGUCUCCGCACUCGGUUCCACUCCACACCGUAUACUGUCCUCUUGGACAAGUGGGCCCUGCACGACUCUGUUAUACAUCCUAGUGCCAAGCCCCGUAACGUACAGUAUAGGAUUUAUCAGAUAACAUUCAAUAAAUAAUACGUAUAACAAAAUAAUACGUUGAAAUAGAGAUACUAACUCUGAAUAAUGACGUAUAUUGUUUCUUGUGAUUCUGGGCAACAAAUGAAUUCGCUGUGUUGGAUUAUCAGAAAAUGCAUAACAUUAUCCCUGUUAUUAUUAAUUGCUUCUUUGUGUUUUAAUAGAUUUACAACCUAUUUGAUAUUUUGACAAUAUGGUAAGUGAAAUUGUAGAUGUAUUUUCUGCUUUUAUGUUUAAAUUGUUGUAAGUAGACUAGCCUUCCUAAGCUGUAGUGUGGGCCCCGCACUUGUCAGACCAAAUUUGCACCCCUAUGCUACACUAAACCCUGUUUUCCUUCAAUACAUUAUUUUACAGCUUCAGUAGUUUUAAUGUUUGUUUUGUUGCAGCAUAUGUGGGGACCCAGUAACUUAAUAACUGCAGCCACAGGUUGGUGUUUAUUUCAGUUUUGGUUUUUCACUCGGGUAUUUGAAUUUGCUUUGCUGGAUAUUAAUACAUUUUCCCUUGCACUUGCAUAGUUUCACAUUUAUUUAUUUUAUUUAUUUAUUUAAGGCAGAGUCAGCUAUGCAUUUCACACUUCACCCGUGGCUAAAACCACAUGUCCAUUAUCAUGUCCAUUAAAGAAACACUACUUUGCAAUCUGAUUGCCAUUGCUGAGAAUUUUAGAUGCAGGUCUAACAGCAUAAGCCUGUAGUACUUGUAUAUAUGCAUGCUGUAUGUACAUAUUCUUCUUUAAGCAUCGAGUCAAGUCAACUCAAGUGGCUUUUUUGUCAUUUCAAUCAUAUACAGCUAGUUAGUGAACUGAAACAAUGUUCCUCCAGGACCAAGGUGCUACAUAAAACAGACACAGAACUGCUGGAGACUACAUAUAUUUACAUAAAUACAUUACAGUGCAAACAUGUGCAGACAGCACAAGACAGUACAAAACUACAAAAACAAGACAAUGGGCGCAGUGAGUUACAGUGCAGUGCUGACUAGUACACGGUUCUAGUAGAAAGUGAAUCGGAUGACUAGUGCAAAAGAGUAACAAUUAAAGUUGCUGUAAUUGUAAACAUAAGGAGUAGCAGCAGGGUAGAGAGUAUAAAGAUUAUAUGCAAUAUAUAAUAAAUAUUUGUAGCAGCAGAAAUUGAAUAGAGAUGUGCAAAAAUUGCAAAGAGGAUAGAGUGAUGUUCAGUUGUGUGUUUUCAGUCCAGUCUCUGAGAGCUGAGGAGUCUGAUGGCUUGUGGGAAGAAACUGUUGCACAGUCUGGCCGUGAGGGCCCGAGUGCUUCGGUACUGUUUGCCAGACAGCAGGAAGGUGAAGAGUUUGUGUGAGGGGUGCAUGGGGUCAUCCACAAUGCUGGUGGCUUUGCGGAUGCAGCGUGUGGUGUAAGUGUGUGUCUCCAUCUGUGAUGAUCACUCAUAUUCCACAUGCAGUAGGCCAUCACACUGUAACACACUGCUGAACUUCAAUUUCAUGAGUAGAAACAUUACUGAGAAGCACUGGCAAAGUAAAUAAUUCAUCAGACACUCUGAUGUGUUUAACAUAUUGUAUGUUACAACAGCUUAGCUUCCCUAAUGGAAAGUCCAAGAUGUGAAGCGCAAAAUAUCCCGUAGGCUAAAAAGAAUAAUAUCAGACAAAUGUCCCUUAUUUUGAUUGAAACUUUGAUGAAUCAAUAAAUCUCACAUGCCUGCCUACUAUAUAAUUUUUUUUAUUAGAACUUAAGAGCUUGACAUCCAUUUUUUCAUUUGGCUCCUAUAGUUCUCUCAUUAUAGGUCUGAGAAUCAGGAGCAAUGGAUCAAUGUUGUGGGCUGAAAUGACACCUGAAUGAAUACAGAAUGAGCACAUUUUGGCUCUGUGCUGCACAGAUUAACCUUCAGCAAAAAUUAAUUGCUUUUUCCAACAGUGGCAGGCAACGGAAGAACGAAAAGUGUAUUAACUAUAAAAUGGAAAUUAAAAUAAAGAUUAAAUGGGUCCCAAAGGUUGGUUAAUUAUUUGUGGCUCUACAUUUAUUUCACAAGUACUGUUCCCUCCUGGAGUUUAAAAUUAAACAUCAAAUGUUAUGGCUUAAUUUGCUUUUUUAUCAUUCCAAAAGUGGAAAAGUGGUUCAUAUCAUUUGCUUCAGUGUCUGUAACCAUAUCAUGUUUCUUAGGCAAAUGACACAUGAUAUUAAAAUGAUUCCUAGAUUUUCCAGGAGUUUUUCCAGGAUUGUUUGCGUUAUUAAUCACAUAUUGUAGUUUAAAGUGGUGUUAAUGCUAACAAUAAGGAUCAAUCACAUUAAUGUAACCCACUGGUCUUGCUUCAUUAAAGGUUUGGAUUUGAUCGAUUAGAGUAACUAAACUAACUUGUGUGUGUUUGCCAUUUUGGCACUGUAUGUGGCAGUCUGGCAAAACCAGACAAAAAAAAAAAAAUCAUAUUUUGGCCAAAACACCUCAACUUUAAGAGAGAUAUUUCACCGAAAUGAUGUGAAAAUGUUUACAUGUCUUUUUCUAAAUCUUGCUUAGGCUGUCUUCCUGUAAAGAUCAUGUUGGGUAAAGAGCCAGUUUAACAAGCACAUUGGUAAAAACAGUUGGUCUGCCUUGCUAGCUAAGUGUGAUUUCCUCACACAGAGAAUGUCAGGCUUUGAUCAAGUUGUUGGAUAGCAACAUGUCAUAGCAAAUUGGACAUAAGUCUAAUCAGUUCACUUUGUAAUCACUUUGUAGCUGCUGUCAAAAUAUCUGCGAUGCUCUUGCGCUGCAGCUGUAAUGGAAUCAUUAAAAUGCAAUUUUCUCAAUUUUCACUUUUGGGGAUAACCAGGUUUUAAAAUGCUAGAACUUUACUUGUGGUUGAGAUACAUGCAAAAGAGAAAAUUUCUUCCUGGAAAACAUUCAUUUCAUUCAGAACCAUAUGUAGUACCAAAUUUCACAAUGUGAGAGGUUUUCCCAGGCUACUAUACAUAUGGUUCCAUCUUGGUUACAUAUAAAUAGGGGGUAGGUAAGGAAUAACACACGAGGAUCUGUGCUGUUACGAAAAUAAUGCAGGUCAGGGUGGUGAACUGGAUUAUUUUCAUAUAACAGCACAGUCUGCAGUGUGUUAUUCCACUUAUACCACAGCGAUUUGCCAACGAUUACCAUUUUCAAUUUAUUAAUGAAUAAAACAUUAGGCUUUUUCACUGUUUCUAGUUACAUUUAAUGUUAUGGAACAUCCCGUUAGUUCCUGUUAUUGCUUAUGUUACAGCAGAUAUAAACAGUUGUUCACUUACUAGCCUCUCUUUUUUUCUCUCUCUUAAUUAAAAAAAAAAAAAAAAAACACAGCUUGUCAAGCUUGUCAUGUUACUAAGAAACCAGGAAGCAUAAAGUUCUCUGUCCUGAAGACUUUCCCAUGUCCAGAAGUUUUUUUUUUAAAUCCGUUUAUAUUUGGCCUUUGAAUAUAUGGAGCAUCCACCAUACAAGUCCCUCUGAAUGAGCUGUUUCUAUAGGUAUGAUAAUGUAUUAGAACUAGAAUUAAUAUACUUAUGAUUUAUGUUAUAGCCAGAACUUCUGUCAGAGCCAUGAUGUUGAAGAAAAUUAAUGCACACCUCCUGAUUUGAGAUUUCAGCUAUGCUGUGAUAUAAAACCUUAAGUAAUUAUUUUCUCAAUAGCAUUUAUUUUAUGUUUUUAUGAAUGUGGUUUAGAAGUCUGGAUUUUGAAGUCUAAUGUUGUGGUUUAUGCAAUACAGUGCCAAGCCGUGUUUAUGAAAAGAAGUAAAAGAUAAAAGGAUAGCUAAGGUUACAAAAUAUACCAUGGUUUUAAAAGAAAUAAAAAGCAAGGGCCACUUGUUUUUGCCUAUUAACUUGCAGGCUAAUCAUCCCACAGGGUCAAACGUGUUGCUAAAUCAUUUCUCCCAACCACACACGAAAUCCUUCUCAUGCACAUUCUUCUAUACAAGGCUCCCAGUGUACAACUUAGCACUUAAAAAUGUUAUACAGUGAAGUUAAACAGUCAUAAGCAUAGAGAAUCAUCCAAGGCUUUGUACUUUAGAAAAGCAACUACGCAGCUAAUGCUCCUACAAAAUGUCAUUUACUUUGACAUUUUAAAGUAUUCUGGAGGGUACUGCAAUGCAGUAAGUAAAACGAUCCUUAUUUGGCCUAUGCAUUUUUCUUCCGAUUUAGAGAUUGCCAGUUCCCACCUAAGCUAAAUCUUCCCUAUUGCAUGACUACGACAGAUCUGGGAGAAACUCAUGCUUCCAGACAUCUUUUCAAACAGCUGAACAUGCUUAGAGUAGUGUUAACUACCCUGUUCAGUAAACACAAGCUAACAGAUGGCCUCAAUUAACUUGUGAAACUCUGACAAAUUCCAGAGGAAGGCUAUACCUUCCCACCCAGAGCAGGGCCAAUUGUGCUCACUUGGCUAUGGAUGGCUGUGGCAUCAUUGGGACCUGAACUUGCUGGGAUUUAAUUUUCUCUCAAUAAGGUGAAGCCUUAGAGAGUUACACCACGGAAAGCCCCCUGUGCUUUUGUAGAGUGUACUGCAAGCCAUUUGUUUUGUCAACCUAAGUUAAAUGUUCAAGCCCAGCCUCAUCAGGAUCAGUGUCAUAGAGCUCUGAAACAAGUUCUGAAUAAUGAAGCAAUUCAGUGUUACGUUCUGCACGCAAGAGGGGUUCAACACAGCACAUUUUUACUGAUGUGUUCUCUGUGAUAUUUUUUUGUGAUAUCUAAAUCAGAAUUAAACCAGUUAGAGUUCUGCAUAUUGUCUACACCUCCAAUUUUUUUUAAUCUCUUUCUAUUGUUCUUGAAUAAGGUGCUCUACUGUACAUCAGAUGUUCACUUGCUCCCACAGUAAGUCAGUGUGUGAUGUCUUAUGGAAAGUGUCCUAACCUUUAUUCUAUAGAAUCACUCUCAGAUUACUUCCAUAUGUCCAGAGCUGAUCAGAAGCUGUUCAAUGUGAAUGUUGAUUUCAUUAAUGUUAAUGGGAUUUAAUUUUACAAGGUUUGAUUUUUAGGAUCAGGAUUAGCUCAGUUUGAUGAACUAGCCAGCAUUACAGUGUUUCCAGAAUGGUCUGAGAAUGAAGUUUUGUUUGCAUUAUCCUCAUUGUAUUUUUGUAUAUUUGCCUGUCACAGAGAGAGUUAUGUUGGAGUGUGUGGUUGAAGACAAAAUCCCCAGAUGCAUCAGUAAGGACAGGAAAGUUUUGUCCAAUAAUUUUUGCAGAUCUUCGAAUGAUUACAGGGAUAAUUUCAGUUCGGUGACUAGGUUUUAAUUAAACAAAUGUUGGAUCUUACUUCCAGGAAGUCCUCUGAAUGUUUAUAGAGCUUGCUGUUUCCACUAUAUAUUCAAUGUGACAUCGUGAAGUAUUAAUAAUACAGUGAAUUUAAAAAAAAAUCCUAAAAUCAAUCUUUUCCUUUUUUUUAGAAUUAGGGUAGAGUAUUCUUCCAGCAGUACUAGGAGCACCAUGGUCAGGACUAUUAGACUGUUAGUUGAGAAAUACAGUUGUGAAAAAUGAGAGACCAACCUUUCUAUCCAUACUGGAUAGAAGGUCAAUUUCAUCUUCCCUAUAUAUACCCUAUUUGAGGCAACAAAACUGAAUAUCAAAAAUUAAGGGGAAAAAACAAGGAAAAUAAAACAGAAAUAAGCAGAAUGACCUAUGUGUCCCCACUACUAUACAUUCCCUUAUUCUUUUGAUUGUGGAAACGGAGUUCAUAUGCAUAAGUGCUACACAGUUGUUGGAGGGAAAAAUUCACCUCCAGUGAUACAUUGCUCUUUAGCCAGCUGUCAACAGCUGGUACUUGUAUGCUAGGAUAAAUAAUAGGUGGAAAAAUCCCUAGUGUUCUGGAAACUAAACAAAAAAAAGCUUUGGAUAGGAAGCUGCUAAACAAAAGAAGCUUUGGAGAAGGAUCUGUUAUGGUUACCACUUAGGUAAAUUUAGGAUGCCAACAUAACAACCAGGCAUGGAGCAGAUGAUGUAAAUUAUAUUACUCAUGCGACACAAGGGUUUUUACAAAGAGAAAUCUCACAUCUGAAUUUAAAAAUAACAGUUGUGACUGUUGGGCUUUGUUUACUUAACAUGAUUGUAUGUUUCUUUACAGUUCUAUUUUUGAUCGUAACUCUUUGGAGGCGGUCGUUUGUUAAUUAGCAUUUGCUGAUUAUCAGUGGAAAAGACUAGAGUGUAUUCGUUUUAGCCAGUGGUGGAACUUUGUCAAAAUGGGCCUCCGCGCAAUCAUUACAUUUUGGCCCCAAUUAUGCUGCCUUUCCAAAUACAGUAUUUGCAUGCAUAUCCUCCACACCCUUAGUAUUUCAUAAACAGCCGGGGCUGAACUGGUAGCCCUGUUAUGGCCAGCAGCAACCUACUGUCUACACCUGCUUAACAUAACCUAACAUUAUCAUAGCAAAGCAGAAAACAAACAUGGGCACUAAGCAAUAAGUCAUUCACAAAGCAGAUGACAUUAGCACCCACUGCACUAUUUUAGCAGUGCAUUGCUAUAUGCAAAUACAACUUUGCCCUGUCCAACACUUUCUUUUCACCAUUGCGCUUCUUUGUAGGUUUACAAAAGGUAGUCUGAGACUUUUCGCAGUAAGCUGGUGGCUGCUGCACUGUUAGAACUGAAUAACUCUGAACAAAGGAAAGCUAUGAAAUUAACUUCUAAAUAAACUUCAGGAAAUUAGACAUAUCCUAUUGAAUAUAUUGUACAUUUUCCAGACCUUCUAGAUCACUACUGGAAUGCAUUAACAACAUAAAGUUAAUGUAUUAUGUGUAAUAGAAUAGUGUAUUGUAGCUAUGAAGUUGAUUUACUUUCAUUCUCUACAUCUAAAAGGUAGAAUGAACUAGCUAGAAUGGCUAAAUGGAGUAAUUUAACCAUUGGAUUACAUUACAUUACAUUAUUGUACUGUAUUAGUUACUGUAUUGUUUUAGUAGUUAUUGUACUGUCUUGUGCUGUUUACACACAUUUGCAUGUGCACUUUAUGUAGUAAUGUGUAGUCUCUUGUAGUUCUGUGUUUUAUGUAGCACCGUGGUCCUGGAGGAAUGUUGUUUCGUUUCACUGUGUACUAACUAGCUGUAUAUGGUUGAAAUCACAAUAAAGCCACUUGACUUGAUUUAACUUGACAUCUGGGUCGUUGGUCCUGGUUCCAGUGUAUAAAGGUCUGAACUGUGGUAGUUCCGCCCCUGCUUUUAGCUCUUCAGCAGCAAUACAAGAACUAAAUAUCUACCAACCAGAAGGUGGAAGAAGGACCAGAAGAAGGUGCAAGGUAGUUGCAGGAAGAACAGAGGGAGCAGCCACUAAUCACAAAAGCCAGAUUAAGUGCUAGUAUACAUGAGGCAUAUAAGCAAUCAGUCAAGGUACAGUCAACAUAUUCACAGUACACAAUAAUAACCACUAAUCAAUGGUCAGUGCAGUAGUAGGGAAAUGUCAUGGUAAAAAAGAAAGCCUGGAUAGACCCACAUACACAGACUCAGCAUGAGAGCAAGGACUGCUGCAGUUUUGGUUAUUUAGUCAGUUAUUGAGUUGCAUGUUUGUAAAUCUGUUGACACUCUCUGUUUGCAGUGUAAUGAAUAAUGUAAUGAAUAUCCUAUGCUGAACAGUUUCUUCUAGAAGCCUGAUGAUCCAGUGCAUACUUCUCACUAUCUGAGAUGGAGUCUGUGGUGAAGAAGCAUGGGGCUGCUGGGCCCAUACGUCCUCCUGAUGGUGGAUACGGCUGGUUCAUUGUGCAAUCUGCCUUUCUUGUGUUUGGGCAUAUGAUAAAGUCUUUUGAGUCAUUUUACAUGGAAAUUUACCCAACUACAGCAGCAGGCAGCUAAUGGAUUACAUCCAUCUCUGUAGCAACUGUACACAUCGGAGCUCCAGUUGGCUCUGCAUUCGGCGCUGUCAUGCUGGGAGGACUGCUGAGCAGUGUGAGCAUGGUGGCUGGACCAUACACUUAAAAUCUGUUCCAGUUUUACAUCACUAUGGGCUUUCUGACAGGUUUUAGCUAUGCUCUGACCUGGACCCCCACUGUAACCAUGCUGGGCUGCUAUUUUGAGAAGCAGCGGCCUGUUGCCAAAGCUCUCUCCAGCGCAGGUGAAUGAAUCGUCACUUUCCUCUUCACAACUUUCUUCCAAUUCCUGGUAGACAAUUAUUCCUGGAGGGGUGCCAUGCUAGUGUUGGGAGCUGUGCAGCUGCACCUGUGUGUAUGUAGCAGAGUGUGGAGGCCACUCACUGUCGUCUCUGAUGAGCUUUCAACACAUCCAAGUAGACUCAAGCUACAGUUCCUCUCCCAAAUACACCAUGAACCACAGGAGGCUCCUGAUCAGAGUCCUGACUCACGAACAAAAUCCAGCAGUAAACCAGAAGCCCUAAGGAGCAAGAUUCAACACUACGUGGACUACACAUUAAUUGCCAACCCUCGCUUCACGGUUUACUCAAUGUUUGGUUUGUUUGCAGCGCUCGGAUUCUUUGCUCCUGCUCUCUUCCUUGUAUGUUAUGCACACACACACAUACAUUAUAUAUAUAUAUAUAUAUAUAAUCACCAGGAUGCCAUGUGGCACAAAAAAUACGAAAAACCUUCCUCAGCUAAGAGAGAAUUUAAAAAACAAGAAGGAAUGCUUGGAGUCAAAUGGUAA